AAUAUAUGUAUUGCGAUGCUUUGUUCUGUUUUUGCAUAUACAUAAAUUACUUUUGUAAUAUUUUAGUUUUUUCUAAUAUAAAUGAGAUAUACCUGAUCCAACUAUCCACAAGUAUUACGAAGAAUUUUGCAUCUUUACUUUUUUAUAAAUGAAAGCGUACGAACACUGCACCCGGCAUUUUGCAAACUUAACCUAUACCUGUCAAAAGCAAGUAUGGAUGCAAGCAGUAACAUCACGAAGCGCCGUUAGCGCAAUCUUUCGUCAAAGACGCCAACCGUACAAGAAAUACAUUGCCAUUAUUACAUGUGUGUUGUGUACGUGUAUAUAUACGUGUAGCAUAAUACCACUAUAUUCUAUGCAUGUGUUGUAUACAUAUAUAGCGGUAAAAGGGACGACGACGACGACGACGAUGAUGAUGAUGAUGGAGAUGGUGACGUUUCUUACAUGAAAAUUUCCACAUUUCGACUUUGCUUCGUAAUAUCUUUGCUUUAUAGAACAUGCAGAGCGAAAAUAAAGACACUUUCCUUAUAUAAAUCGAACCCAAGCUAUCGAUUAAGCCUAUCAAGAAUUCGAUCGGUUCAGCCGUUAUUCAGAUCUGGUAAUCUAAGUCCCAAAAUGUCGAGUUCAACGGAGAUAGCGAAAUAUGCGCCCUGGAAUAGGCAUUACCACGAAAAUUGCCCAACCAAACAUCGUAUCCCUGAUCCGCUAAUAGGAAGAUCGAUUAAAUUCAUACCGAGUGCUUUGCCUUUGCCAAGAAUAACAAAACUGGCGGAGCUGCCUAGAAGACCGUGCUGCGGUAGUACAGGUAGAGAGCCGUUGCCACCUGGAAUACAAUCCCAGACAGCACAAAACGCUAUUAUUCAUCCAUCAAAGCUCCAUGAAAUAUCCAUGAUUAUACCAUAUGACGUCUAUGUGACAUCUAUUAAUACGUCUAAUGGAUGUCGAAUGGAAGUAAGAAAUGCGGAAUUGUGGAUGUCUAGUAGAUGUCUAUAG